AGUGGACGCGAAGAAACGAAGCUCCCUUGUCCUCCUCGUUCCACAAUCCACAUCAUACAGCACUCUCUCUCUCUCUCUCUCUCUCUCUGUGUUCCAAACACCAACCCCACCUCUCUCUCUCUCAUUCACAUAGACUCAUCCCCCCAUCCCCCCAACUCCAAAUAAGAAGGACAUCAUUGUUGUCUACUUUCCAUAAUAUCUGAAAUUACAAAUCCCACAUUUUGUCGUGUAUCUGUCUGUCUCUUAUAAUGGACAAUGGAGGAGUCCAAGUCAUGGUGAAGAGGGCAGAGAUCGAUACAAGGGCUCCUUUCCGAUCCGUCAAAGAGGCUGUCACCUUGUUUGGAGAGAAGGUUUUAGCUGGGGAGCUCUAUGCCACCAAGCUCAAAGAGAUGGGAGAAAAUGAAAAUGGAAAUGGGCCUUCCAAAUUUGGAAACGUGACAGCUGAGCUAGAAGAGACAAAACAAAGCCUCUUAAAGGCCAAAGAAGAGAGUGAGCAUAUGGCCAAUUCUCUUUCAUCUCUUAAACGAGAACUGGAAAGGACAAAGCAAGAGCUCCAACAAUUGAAGGAACGCGAGUCCGAGAAACACCUAAUGGAAUCUGAGAUUAAUGAGGACCUCAAGUUUGUUGAAGAUUCGGCGAGGUUUGUGAUAAAAGCACAGGAUACAUCUGAUAAUGAUAUUAAUGAAGAGGGAGGAGAAAUUGAAUUCCAAAAGAAAAGAUAUGUGACAUUUGCUAAUCCUCCUUCACUGGCUCAAGUUAUUAUCCCACAGGGUGUUGAAAUCUUGGACAGACAUCCUUCUCUCAAGAAGAAGAAAAAGAAGCCUUUAAUCCCUCUAAUUGGAGGCAUCUUUUCUAAGAAGAAAACAACCUCACAAGUAGCAUAUCCAUGACUCCAAUUCCCUCUUCCAAAUUACAACUUCAGUGUUUUGGAUAAUAUAUAUAUAUAUAUAUAUAUAUAUAUAUAACAACAAACUCUUUUUUUUCCUACUUAAAAAUUUUCGUUUUUUUUUUUUUUUAUAUGUUUCUUUUCAGUUUUAUGAUUACGAUGUAAAUUUAGCCAAUAAGAUUUGGCUUAGGUUGAGAGGAGAGGAAGAAGUUGUAAGCACGGUUUAAGUACCCAAUAAAUGAGUUAUCUAUUAAUAAA